UGCUGGCUACAGUGCCGCGUCGAAGUCCACUUACUUUUCUGGGAGCUUGCUGCUGCCCGCCCCGGUAAACUAAACUGUGGAAGAAUCGGGGGGGAUUUGAAUGUUGGUGGACGUCUUCGGUGUCGCUCAACCUCUCCGUAAACGCUGACAGAGUCCGUCGCUCGGACGGCCAUCGCCCGUGGACGGUGCUUUCCAGCGUAGCGGGAGCCAUGCCUGUCCCCGCUGGAUACCUCAGCGACACCCCCGCCGCGGCCUUUUCAUCCUCGGCCUCGCUUAUCCCACCGCCGCCGAUAAACACCCAACAGCCGGGAGUUGUCACGUCGCUUCUGUACAGCGGCUCCAAGUUCAGGGGCCACCAGAAGAGCAAAGGGAACUCAUACGACGUGGAGGUUGUUUUGCAGCAUGUCACCAUGGAGGACUCCUACCUGUGUGGCUACCUGAAGAUAAAGGGACUGACUGAGGAAUACCCAACACUCACCACGUUCUUUGCUGGAGAGAUCAUCAGCAGAAAGCGGCCAUUUCUCACCCGAAAGUGGGACGCAGAUGAGGAUGUUGAUCGUAAACACUGGGGCAAGUUCCAGGCCUUCUACCAGUAUGCCAAGUCAUUCAACUCGGAUGAUUUUGACUACGAGCAUCUGAAGAACUCUGACUAUAUAUUCAUGAGGUGGAAGGAGCAGUUUCUGGUCCCUGACCACACAAUCAAAGACAUCAGCGGAGCUUCCUUUGCUGGAUUCUACUACAUCUGCUUCCAGAAAUCCACAGCAACCAUCGAGGGCUACUACUACCACAGGAGCUCUGAAUGGUACCAGUCUCUAAACCUCACCCACGUCCCUGAGCACAGUGCAGCCAUCUAUGAGUUCCGGUGACAUCAGCCAGCAUCGUGGAUCUUUUUUUGAAAAUGAUGGACAGAGACUUUAUGUGAAGCCAAGGUCUGCAGAUGCUACUGAGGAGGAAAAAAGGAGAACGACUAGGGGAUGAGACUUUUUUUUUUUUUUUUUUUGCUAUUGGAGACGUACAAACUCCUACAUGCUCCCAAUAAGUGGAUGGACAGCUGGUUGACUUGUGGACGGGAUACAGGACUACUAAUGAAUGUAUGGAAAGGAUGAGCGAAGAGAAGAAAGAAAUGGAGUUCAGCUCCUGCUCCGUGGAUGCAGCGUGUAAAGCUAGAACCUGCAGCAGAGACUGGGUGUGGCUCUCUUAGUGUACCCCAUUUCUCUAUGUUUUAAUAUCUGGUUUGAAAAACAAUAUGCUUUGCACAGCAUUUUUGAGACAUUUUAUGAGCCGAGUUUUUUUUUUUCCCUCCAAUUUUCCAGCUUUUAUUAUUCAGCUGAUGUGCAGUGAGCAAAAUGAACAAGAGAGGCUGCUGUUUGACAAGGAUUCCUGUGAGGAGUCUGCUCUCAUGAAACACUAAAGAAGGAGUCUGUGUGGAAGAAAAGACGGCGACAAGUUUGACUGCAUGGAGCUUUAAUCAGCCCAUAAGCUACAGCGACAGUAUUUUUCUAAAGCUUAGCUGGUUCCUCCGUUUCAUGCCAUGAGGAUAUUUUACUUUAACCAGAAUGAUCACAGCAAAGGGGCAGUUAUAAAGGCUGCGACUCGAGCGACACAAAAAGAGCUGUUCCCUUGUGUUCAUAAAACAUGCUCGGGAGAUUAUAUCACUUGUGAUUGCCGUGGAUGUUCUAUUGAGUUACAUUUGCACAAAGAUGGACUAUACAAUACUAGUGCUAGUACACAAGCAUCGAGAUGGCAGGUCAAGCUACUUUUUAAAGGUUUUUGUGUGUGUGUGUGUGUGUGUGUGUGUGUGUGUGUGUGUGUGGGUGGGGAGCGGGAGGGGGGGUUACAAGAGCCAAAACAAUCACGUAAAAAAAAGAGUAUUUUUACCCUCUGCGUUACACAACAAGCUUUUUACUCCUUCGUGUGUCGUUUUAAAUUAAGCUCCCCAGCACCCCUAUGUUUAUGUCUCCUCGACUAUGCAACACUUUCAACAUAGCACUCUCCGUAUGUCCGACCUUCCGUUUUCAGAGACAAAAUUUUAUUCUAUCCUCAUAGUAUAUGAUAAUAAAAAAAAAAAAUCUAUCUUAAUGAAAUGAAAUAUUUUUGUUAAAUUGCCUAUUAAAACACUCCCUCAUCAUGUUCCCUUCCCCCAUGUGACGGUGCCAUCAAUCUCAAUUCUGUCAAGAGUUCUAUUAUAAGUGACGAGAAGUAUGUUUGUUUGAGCCUGGAUUUGUUUGAUGGUGUGACUGUAAAGGAUGAACUGUGGAUUUUAAAAAAUCAUAUCAAAACACCAAACACUUGUCUUUCUUGUGUUGUGAAUAGACCACAUAAUGCUUCCUUGUUUUCAUACAUCUCCCAUCAAUUAUGGAGGUUUUUACUCACACAUCUGAGCAUUUAUAAUUUGUCAAAAAUAAAAUAAAAUCUUCAUAAAGACUGA